AUGAACACUGUUACAAGCACACAGACAAUAGUAGAACAAGAAGUAAGCAAUCAGAAUGGAAGCCAUGAAAACGUUUCCGAGCAGACUGCGCCCACCAGAAACGAAACAGGAACUUUACUCAGUUCAACGGUUAUGGACAUGGAAGAAGGCCGCCUUAGUAGAGAAGAAGCUGCCGAAGCCAGAAGACGCAUCGGGAGGACCUAUAAGCGGCGAAUACGGUGUUUUAACCUCGGGAUGUGGCUAAUCAUGUCGGCUGGCUUUUUCGUUUUAAUGAUGGCAGUGCAUAAAAGUUAUAAUGCUAAGCUGCAAUCCGGGAAGUAA